CAGCAGUCUCGUGUAUUCCUCGGUGCUAUUCGGAGACCCCUCCCGCCUGCUUUUCUCUCUCACUCUCUCUCUCUCUCUACGGUCUCGCUCGCGUCCGAACCCCGUCAGGGGAAGGAAAGAAAGAAAGGAAAAAAGAAAAAUAUAUCGUUAUUGUUUCGGUUGAUAUAUUUACCAAAAAAUUUGUGUGGCUCCCAAAAAGGAUAAAUUAUUAUAGGCCUACGGGAAUACUACAGAUCUUUCAUUGAAAAAAGUAUGAAAUAUUAUCGAAUGUCGUAGAAGAUUACAAAUACAGUUCAUCCGAACAGAAUACAAGUGUAUUAAUACAUCUCUUAGUGACGUGUGAGGGAAAGCAUUAAGAAGAAAAUAAAAAAGGAGGCCUAUUUUAAGUGAAUAAAGAGGAAUAUUUUCGAAAGACCAGUGCCCAGUACUAAAAAAAAAAGAAGUAUAUAGUCCUAGUAGUUUCAUGGCAGUGGAAUAGAAUCGAUCUUGUCUCAAAGAAUCUCAUGUCCCUGGAUGAUACUGGAGUGAGCAAGAGCCUCUGACCGCCCGCCGGGGCACGGCUGGCUGUGGUAUCCCCGCCUCUCCCCACCGUCGGGCACUACGGCCGAUAUUUCCAUCGUCGUCGGAUCGCCGGCGGGAGAAACGCCGCCGCAGGACACUAGUAGCAGUAAUAGUAGGCCUUCGACGGGAGGCCUCCCCAACCCCCGCCCGAGUCUGAUCCACUCCCUACCCCUCCUGAACUUGCCGCGGGUGGGUCACCCCGCAGCAGGAGGCACCGUGUGUGAAGAGCGCCUUUGCGAAGGAAGGGCUUGCGGCCGCCCGUGUGGAUGCAGCGGUGACGCCGGCAUGAAGGUGAGCAGCGGCAGCGAAGCUGCGGGCGGUGGCCCCGUGCUCCCGGUGUGGCAGACGCUGAAGGGCCUCAGCUCCAGGGAUGUCUCCUGCACCAGUCCAGGUUCCAGCAGUCCCGGGACACAGCAGCAGCAUUGCAGCCUGCAAGUCGGUUCCAGCACCGCAGCAGAGCGCCUAGCCCGGAGGGACUCCUCCUGCCCCAUGGACGCCUCUGCCAUGCCGUCCCCGUACCCACCUCCUGCAGCUGCUGCAGCAGCAACGGAGGCGGUGAGCACCCCUUUCCCCCAGCUGGUCAUUCCGGAGGGCGACAGGGCCCUGCAGGGGCUCCUGAACGGCUCGGCGGCGCCUCCUUUAUCCGCUCCUCCGACGGACCACCAGACCGGCAAGGGCGCCGCCGUCAGUGCGCCGUGGGGCCCCCCCUCGUCGUCGACGACCUCUACCUCGCUCUCCAACACCAACUUGGCCCUUCACAACAACAACAACAACAACAAUAAUAACAACAACAACAACACUGUGAUCAGCAAUAACAACGUGACGUACGCCACGUCGGCGAAGGAGGACCCGCCGGAGGACGACGAGGAGGAGGACACGCCCCACGUCUUCAGUGUGUGUGGUUUCAAUUGCAGCUUCCUGGCAGGACUUCCUUAUCAGUUCAUGAUCGAUUUGUACAGACACACCAGAAUCAGCAGCAAGAAGCUGCGCAAGAGGGUCGUUCAGAAGAACGGAGAAUGCAACGUCACCCCGUCCAACGUCGCGAAAAGGCGACGUCGAUACCUCCAGGAUAUCUUUACUACUCUCGUGGACGUCCAGUGGAGAUGGACGCUCCUUGUCUUCGCGAUGUCCUUCAUCACCUCGUGGCUCAUCUUCGCCGUCAUCUGGUGGCUCAUCUCCUACACGCACGGCGACUUCGAAGAGACGCACCUUCCUGACAAGCAAGCGGACAGCGGGUGGACUCCUUGCAUCAUCAACAUCUUUAGCUUUACCUCGUGUUUUUUAUUCAGCGUCGAAACCCAACACACCAUCGGUUACGGUUCCAGACACACGACCGAGGAAUGUCCUGAGGCCAUCUUCAUUAUGUGUAUACAAAGCAUCACUGGAGUCAUGAUACAGGCCUUCAUGGUGGGCAUCGUGUUCGCGAAGCUGUCGCGACCCAAGAAGCGCACCCAGACGCUGCUCUUCUCUCGGAAUGCCUGCCUGUGCCUGCGUGACGGUGAGAUGUGCCUGCUCUUCCGCGUCGGGGACAUGCGCAAGUCCCACAUCAUCGAGGCCCACGUGAGGGCGCAGCUCAUCCGCAAGAGGGUCACGAAGGAGGGGGAGGUGCUGCCCUUCUUCCAGUACGAGCUGGACGUCGGCUACGACAUCGGCGAGGACAGGAUCUUCUUCAUCUGGCCCAUGACCAUCGUGCACAAGAUCAACGAGAACUCGCCCCUCUACGACCUCUCGGCCCACGAUCUGCUCAGGGAGAAGUUCGAGAUUGUGGUCAUCUUGGAGGGCGUCAUCGAAUCCACAGGUAUGACCACGCAAGCCAGGUCGUCAUACCUACCCAACGAAAUCCUGUGGGGUUACAGAUUCGAGCCCCUGGUUACGUUCAACAAGAACACGGGCGAGUACCACGUCGACUACUCGCUGUUCAACAACACCUACCAGGUGAACACGCCGCUGUAUUCCGCCAAGGACCUCGACAGGAUGAACAGCCAGGAAUCGACGCCAGAACGGGAGGAAGAAGAGAUUCAGGCCGUUUCACUUGAUCAACAGAUCACCUCUACGCAAGUCACGCCCCUCACGCCCAUGACUCCUCUGUCCCCCCUCACGCCCAUGACGCCCACGUCCUCGACAGGGGCGGGAGGGGGAGGGAACGGGGGCACCUGUGCCCUGGACCUCCAAGGGGUAUCUUCCUCGCACUGUGAUACAAGCGCCGAUGCAGCCGCUACCCAGCCAUUACUACAGUCGCAUAAUGAUGUCUAGCAGGCCAAAACAAAACAAAGAAACUCCUCUCCCGAUCAGAAGUGCGAAAUUCCUCAACACAAAAUUCUUCCUCACUUCGUUUCUCUCAUCUUCCCCCUCCUCCUCUUCUACCUUUUCCUCCUCCUGCUCCUCCUCCCCCUCCUCCCAAGUCCCUAUUCUUCUACCUCCUAUUAAGUGAUCUCGAAAUACCUUUCCGUAUGAUUCGUAACGGGAGAAUAAAUCACUUCCCUUUCCAAGACA